GGCUUCCUUCUCGCGUCCCGGGGCUCGGGGAGGGGGCGGAGGCCCGGCGCGCCGAGCGGCCCCCAGGCGGGUGGGCACCGCGCACCUGUUGCCUGCGGGAGCCCGCGCGACCCUUCGUCCCGCCCUCGGCGGGCGGCGACGGCGGCGGCCGCCGCGGAGCCGAGCCGGCAGGUGGCCGAGCGCGGGGGCCGCACCGCCGCGCCGCGGGGGGACGCGAUGGCGGCGGCCGAGCCCGCGAGCUCCGGGCAGCCGGCGCCGCAGGGCCAGGGGCAGGGCCAGCGGCCGCAGCCGCCGCCGGCCCAAGCGCAGCCCCCGCCGCCGCCGCCGCAGCAGCUCGGGGGCGGCGGGGGCGGCAGCAGCAGGCACGAGAAGAGCCUGGGGCUGCUCACCACCAAGUUCGUGUCGCUGCUGCAGGAGGCCAAGGACGGCGUCCUGGAUCUCAAAGCGGCUGCAGAUACUUUGGCUGUGAGGCAAAAGAGAAGAAUUUAUGAUAUCACCAAUGUCUUGGAAGGAAUUGACUUAAUUGAAAAAAAGUCAAAAAAUAGUAUACAAUGGAAAGGUGUAGGUGCUGGCUGUAAUACUAAAGAAGUCAUAGAUAGAUUAAGAUACCUUAAAGCUGAAAUUGAAGAUCUAGAACUGAAGGAAAGAGAACUUGAUCAGCAGAAGUUGUGGCUACAGCAAAGCAUCAAAAAUGUGAUGGACGACUCCAUUAAUAAUAGAUUUUCCUAUGUAACUCAUGAAGACAUCUGUAAUUGCUUUAAUGGUGAUACACUUUUGGCCAUUCAGGCACCUUCUGGUACACAACUGGAGGUACCUAUCCCAGAAAUGGGUCAGAAUGGACAAAAGAAAUACCAGAUCAAUCUAAAGAGUCAUUCAGGACCUAUCCACGUGCUGCUUAUAAAUAAAGAGUCCAGCUCAGCUAAGCCCGUGGUUUUUCCUGUUCCCCCACCUGACGACCUCACACAACCUUCCUCUCAGCCCUCGACUCCAGUGCCUCCACAGAAAUCCAACACGGCAACUCAGAACCUGCCUGAGCAACACGUCUCCGAAAGAAGCCAGGAUCUUCAGCAGACUCCAGCCACAGACUUAUCUUCAGCGGGAUCUAUUAGUGGAGAUAUCAUUGAUGAGUUAAUGUCUUCUGAUGUGUUUCCGCUCCUGCGGCUUUCUCCGACCCCGGCAGAUGACUACAACUUUAAUUUAGAUGAUAGUGAAGGAGUUUGCGACCUGUUUGAUGUCCAGAUACUAAAUUAUUAGAUUCCACGGAAACUUGGGACUCUUAUCUACCUCUAACUGUGUAACAUUUUAGACUUCUUAAUAACCUAAGUAUUUAAAAUAAUGAAUGUAACACCUUUUUUAGUUCACUGAUUCUGAAAUGGUCUUCCCUAAUACUUUCUUUUUUACUUCACAAAACUUCAACCCUAAAAACAAAGGAUUCUGAUUGCUUCAGGGGAAAAAGUGAUUUCAUAUCCACUAACCCCCCCACCCUCAAGUAAUUACCUUCUGGAAUUUCAACUUUUCUUCCUAUUCUGAAUCCUUCUGUUUUUUCCUUAGAUGCGAGGAAAGUUAAAGUAGACUUACGGUCAUCAAAAACAAAAAAGUUGGCCAAGGGCUCAUCACUUGUUUGUCUUACAUUUUUACUGCCAUGAGACUGUCCAUAUUUCUGUGUGUCCUCCAAUCCAGACAUUCACUGCCACUUAUAAAGUGAAGGGUGUAAACUAGGAUAUAUUAACUGUUUCAGUGAACAGAUUUUGUGAAGUGCCUUCUGUUUUAGCACUUUAAGUUUAUCACAUUUUGUUGACUUCUGACAUUCCACUUUCCUAGAUUAUAGGAAAGAUCUGUUUAUGUAGUUUGUUUUUAAAAUGUGCCAAUGCCUGUACAUUAACAAGAUUUUUUAAAAUAAAAUUGUAUAAAACAUUUAA